AUGAUGGGUUACGGAGGCCAUCCCUUCCAGGCGCCGCCGCCGCAACAGCAGCAUCCCCGCCAUACGUCGCAUCAGCAACACCCCCCAAACCAUUCGCUACAGUCUCCCUCCAUGAGCGCCGCUGGCCAUCCGGCUCAUACUCACCCGAGGCAUGCCAAUGGUUCGAUCCCUGGAACUGCCAACCCGUUAUUUCGGGGUCAGCCGCAGCCGACGACUACGGAUCUAACCCACUCUUCUGACCUUCGCAAAAUGACGGCGCCAGUAACCUCCGCGCCGCUGGUUGGGCUGUCAGCAGGUGGUAAUUUCAGUCCGUUCCCGGGGAAUUUCCCCCAGGGUUCGUCUGAGUUGUUGUCCCGGAACACGGACUCGGUGGGUGGGGUUAAAGAUCCGUAUCUGUCCAUGCAGACGCUGCAGAGGAAUAUCAAUCCCAUGGCGAGUUUUCGACCUCAUCAUCCUACUGCUAUGAACCCGCAGGCAGCUUUGUCACCCCAUGCGCAUGCCAUGAAUCUUUCGUCGUCAUCGCAGUCGCCACAACAGUCAUCGCUAGAACGAUUACAGCAACAUCACCGUCAGGGUUCGCAUCCAGCAACGUCGGCAUCACCUAUGUUAGCGCCUAGUCCACGACCCCAGCAGCCGCCACUACCGCCGCCGCAGUCGCAAUCGCAAUCGCAAGCACAGUCGCAACGCCCUGCUCAUCAUAGUCCGUACCAGACGCAACGACCGCAAGCGCAAUAUACCUCUCAGGCGCAGCAUUAUCCCUCAGCGCAGCAGGCACAAUACCCACAACAACCGCAAUACCCUCAACAGUUGCAAUAUUCAUCGCAGCCCCAACCGCAGCAGCAACCUCAAACUCAGCAGACAUCAUAUCAACCGACGCAACGACCUCAUUUCUCACCCCAACAAGCAUACCAGUCGCAGCCGCAAGCGCGUCAUUACCAACAGCCACAACAGCCCUUGCCACAAUCUCAGCAGCCUCAACAACCUCAACAACCUCAACAAUCCCAAUAUCAGCCUCCACAGAACCCAUACGCGCCAAACCCAUACCAGCAAUUCUCCUUUCAACCCCAUCAAUAUCACCAUCCGCAAUCGCAGCAGCAUGCCUUGUUGCAACAACAUCAUCACCACCACCAACAGCAGCAGCAGCCGCCGCCGCCGCCGCCGCCGCCGCCACAGCAACAACCUCAGCAACCCCAACCACGGCCAGCUGCGACAACGGCGGCUCCAGCGACAGCGCCAAUGUCAAUGCCUUCGACUAUCGGCGUUGCAGAGAUUUUAACGACGGCAACAAAACAAGAGCAAGAUGAAGAGGAGAAACUCGCACCCCCAAAUAAACGCAGUAAGCCCGCACCAAAGCAAUCGCAACCAUCCGCACCAGCACCAGCACCAGUCCUGCAACAGUUGAAUGGACCAACCAAGUCUGAAUCGGCCAGUGGUGCUGCUGGUACAGAAAACACACCCCGCCGUCGAGGAAGACCACGCAAGACGGACAAAGCUGAUGGAACUGCACCAGCAAAACCCAAACCGAAGGCCAAGUCGAAAUCAGCAUCGUCGACACCAAACACGGUUCCGGCCAGUGUUCCUUAUCAACACCCGCACCCUGCUCCGUCUCCUCAUGCCCAGGCUGCUCCUCCGCCAUCGGCACAUCCACAGUUUGCGCCGCCGAUGCCGCAGAUUCAGCAGCAUCAGCAUCAAUUUCAUUAUACUAUGCAUGCGCAUCCUCAGCCGCCGCAACAGCAACCGCAACCUCCCUCCAUUCCCCAAGCUCAACCACAGCACCUUCAACAACAACCCGCUCAAUCCCCGCAAGCACGCCCGGUCCAAAUACAAGUCCCAGUCCCUUCCCCCGCAGCUCAACCCCAAGCUCAACCACAGCAACAGCAAACCCAUCAAUCCCCAGAAGGCCAAACCGAAGGACCACCUCAAAAACGCCGUCGCGGCCGACCCCGCAAAGUCGACACCAUCGCAGCGGGGGGCGCUGCUGCUGCACCGCGUCCAAAGCCCAAGAAACCAGCCGGCCCACCCAAGCCAUCGAAGACGGGAAGGCCACGUGGUCGACCGCGCAAGGUCGACGUUGCUGCCCAGCAGCAACAGCAGGCUCAACAGGCCCAACAGCAACAACAAUCGGGGACAGGUAUGGAGCAGGGUAACCAGGCACCUGCACCUGCGCCAACGCAGGCGCCACCACCGCCGAAUCCGAUGGCGAUGCAUAUGAAUACGUUGAAUAUGGGGAUUGGGAUGAAUCCUGUUCACAAGCGGGAUAUUCUGCAUUCGAUUUGA